GACCACUAGGUUAGCUCGCUUCCGCUCGCCAAUCACUCUGAAGAACAAUGUGUACAUAACCUGAACACCAUCCACUGAUGAUGACAAUGCUGGUGCUUCACUCUGGUGUAAAGUGGAUGGAGUAACCACUGCUUCCUGUAUGGAUUACAUUCCACAACAUAUAACUUUACUGACCACCUUAUCUGAUUGCACUGGUGAGGGCCGAAAGUUACAGAUGAGCCAAAUGACUUCAGUCUGGAGAUUCCAGAGGGAGCCAUUCCUGAGGGAGAGAUGCACACUGUCGACGUGGGCGUGGCCCUCUUUGGCCCAUUCCAGUUCCCAGAAGGUCUGAGACCUGUGUCACCUGUGUUCUGGGUCUGUGUUCGGGAUAACCCAAACUUCAGGUUCUCCAAACCAGUCACAGUCACCAUCCCUCACUUCCUUAAUCUUGAGAAUGAUGACGAGAUACAAUCUCUUGGACUCACCUUCCUCAAAGCAGGGCACAACAAGAAUGCUGAGGGACUUUACGAAUUCCAGCCGACAGAAGGAGAGAUAAACUUUCAACCCUUCCAGACAUUUGGCAUUCUUCAAAACAGUCACUUUUGCUCCCUGUGCAUUACCUGUAGAGACAAUCCAGAGGUUUUUUUCAAAUAUGCCUACUUUUUCAUCACAUUGUACAAUCUGAGCACCUGCCUAACAAAAGUAGAUGAAUUGAUUGCAGAGAAAAAGUUGGAACACUACAAAAAGACGCAGGUUAAGUGUAAGUUCAAGAAAUUUUUAACGAAACCUGCACUGGAAAUAGUCACAACUCAGCCAACACACGGAAACAUUGGAGUUGAAGGGAAGACAAAGAUUUUCCGUAGCGAAGUUGACCACUUUACCAAGAAAAAGACUCCAGAAAAAGAACUGCAGGCCCAAGAACAAAGAGAUUUGUACCCUCCAAGAUUCCAGAUCUUUCUUGUCUCCUCUCCAAAUGAUUUAUCACUGAGUGGUUCCAGGAUUCGGCUUAAAGGAGCAGAUUGCGAACUUCAGUACGAUAUUUGCCUUGACUUACCCGAUGACACUAACCAUUCUCUGACUGCACCUCUGGCCAUUGGCUCAACUGGUAUCUCAUUCACUCAUACUGAAACACCAGGUGGACCUACUUUACCAGAGCUCCUGAGGCUUAAAUUCCCAGAGAAAGUCGGUGGAGCAGCGUACGCCUUUGGUGUGUCUUCUUCUGAAGGACUUACAGGGCCAUAGAGUGAGAAAUAUUGAGCUAAAGUAUCGAGGAGACCCUGAAGCAGUUAUUCGAGAUAUUCUACAUCUGUGGUUGGAAGGACAGGGGAAAUCGGUCACCUGGAGGAGCCUGGUGAAUGUUCUGACCGACAUCAACCUUAAUGUUUUUGCUAGAGACGUGGAAAACCAUGUUAGAUUAGCUAAUAGUUAACAUCUGCACUAACAUUAUGGUAUAUAAACGUAGCUGUGUGUGUAUCUUUUUCACAAGUG